AUGACCAAGUACAAGGGGUUCUCGACGACCUCGUACUACGGCGACGACAACCUGUUCGCCAAGGCUGCCGUAUGCACCCUCAUCGUUGGAGUCGCGACCCUACUGGCGCUGCUGUUGGGUUCCGUGGUGUCGGCCCACGGCCGUGCACUCUCCAGGCCAGCCGUCUCCGGUGGGGUCGUCGGUGGUGCGGCCGUCGUCCCCAGCCAAGCCGCUGACACAUCGGUGAAGUCCAGACAGACGCCUCCGUAUCAAAACACAACGAAGACGCUGAAGUCGACGAAGGCAGCGAAGGCAACGAUUACGGUCAACCGUCGCCAUGACGUCGAGAUCGGCUUGGCCUCCCGGCUGCUCAGGGAGUCUGUGGACGACAGCGCCGACCCGUGCCGAGACCUGCGCGCGCACGUGUGCUCCGGGUACGACAGCGGCGAGCUCAGGGGACGACCGCUGGAGGAGCGGGCGGCCCAAGACGUCGCGGUCGCGGUGGAGGCCUCCUUCCGUCGCGCCAUCAGCCCCCCUUCCGGACUGGUCGCGAAGCACUGGUCCUUACGCAGGGCGGCCACCUACUACCGGUCGUGCAUGGAUGCGAACCCCGAGAGUCCCGAGAACGUGAGAGCCCUCGCCGCCUUCUUCGAGCACAACGACCUGCAACUUUCGGCGGACGCCGAGGGUGGCGCUGUCUCGCCCGACUUCCUGGACAAGACGGUCGAGCUUCUCCUGCGCUACGACCUCGGACUGUUCUUCGAUCUGCGUGUGGACGUCUUCCCGAACCGCGGUGUGCGCUUCGUCCGAGUCGUCGCCAACGGCGACUUCGUCGACUGGAAAAGGAAGCGCGUCGCCAUGACGGACAGGAAGGAGCACGGUCCUCUCGCACAAGACGCGCUCUGCUCCUGCGGCGUCGGCAAACAUCGUGCUCAGGAGCUGGCCCGCCGAAUCUGGGCACUGGAAGACAAGCUCCUCGCCAAGGUACUCGUCUGCGUUUGA